AUUCGUAAGCAGUUGGAUGAAUAUGCAAUAAUUGCGAGUUCUUCAAAAGGAGGAAGAAUUGGAAUUGAAGAAUUUGCGGAGUAUUUGAAGCUGCCUGUUUCAGAUGUCCUGAGACAACUCUUUGCACUCUUUGACAGGCACAAGUGAGCUAUCGCUGGCCUCCGCCAUGAGCACAAGGAAGUAAAGAACAGAGCUUUGUAAAGAGCAAAUUGUGUCAGACCAAUUUAAUUUCCUCCUAUGACAGAGUGACGGUCCAAGAUGAUAAAGAAGAAGAAAUAGAUAUUAUCUAUAUGGGCUCUAGAAAGGCUUUUGAUUUCAUCCAACAUGACAUCCUCAUCAAUAAAUUAGGAAGGUCUGGUCCAGAUCAUGCCGCAGUUGGGUGAAAGUCCCCCUUGACAGAAAGGCUUUGCUGCAAGUGGGAGCUGAACGUCCUUCUGGGUUCAGCGCCCCCACCUUGGCAUUCUGUUUGGAGGAGCACCAUACUUGAUAGGAUGCCACCAGGAAUACUUGUGAAAAUCAGAUGAUAUGUCAAAGCGGGGAUAAGGGUAAGUAUGUCCUUAAAAGUGGUGGAACCAGACCGAAGAAAAAAGAGGGUUAAAUUAAAUCAACAUAGAGCAUGAAAAACACUUGGGCCAGAGAAGGAAAGGAAAUGCAAGGCAAGAAUGAUGCCGCUGCCACCAUUUCAGGGCACGUGAGGAUCUGGACUCCCAGGAUUCUAAAGCUAAAAGGACCUUUCCGUCCAACUGCCCACCUUCCUCAUUUUGCAGAAGGCAACCAGCCUGAGAGAGGAAGUGACGUGCUCAAGGCUACACAGCUGGUUAGUUGCAGGACUGAGACUAGAAUGGCUUGUCAGUAUCCUUCUUACUUCAAACUGUCACUGUUGACUUUAUAUGCAUAUAUAUGUAUACACACACACACACACACACACACACACACACACGGGUUCUUAGGGCGUUUUUUACAUAUCCUAUCGCUCACCCAUUUCAAGCCUACAAGUCAAUGAUUUUUUGAGUAAAUUUGCCAGGUUGUGCCAUCAUCUCCAUAAAUCAGCUUGAGAACAUUUCCAUCACCCCACAGAGUCUCCUGGUGGCAUUAAGUGUUAGUUCCUGUCACCAGCUGUCUCCCAGCCCUAGGCAACCACAACGGAAUUGUAAGUCCUUUGGUGUGAUUCUAGACCCGGUCUAGAACAAAGACUUUCUGUCUCUGUGGGUUUGCCUUUUCUGGACGUUUCAUGUAAUGGAGUCAUACAGUAGAUGGUCUCAUGUGUCUGGCUUCUGUCAACUUCGCCUCAUGUUUUUACGGGUCAUCCAUGCGGUACCGUGUAUCGGUAAUUUGUCCUCUUUGCUUGCCGAGAAGUACUCCAUUAUAUGGAUGUGUUGCAUUUUGUUAAUUCACCAGCUGGUGGGCGUUCAGGUUGUUUCUACUGUGAGGCUAUUAUUAAUAAUGUGGUUAAUAGCAUUCAUGUUUCUCUGUUUACUUUUUUAAAUUCAGUAACUUUUCCCCCUCAAAUGGAGGUUGAAUUUUCCAUCAAAUAUGGCCUUCUCCCCUACUCUUUUUUCCCUCCUGAUCUGGGCAGUAGCGUUCCCCCAGAUGGCAACCCACAUUGCUAUUAAUGUUCUAAUAAAUAGCCUUGGGGGAUUCAGUAGUCCAGAGAAGAGAAGGCUUGUUAAUCUAAUAAGUGUCCUUUAUUCUAGGAUGGCUUAUGAGAAACUGUUAGCCAAAUGCCCUCCAUCUUCAUAGAAAAUGAAUGAGAAGAAUUGGAUUUAAACCUCAGGGAAAACCACUUCAGCUGGGCAGGAGGAGGCGUGUUUUAUGGGGCAGCGGUUGCUAUCAAGUUAAUUUGCAAUAUUAUAAAAACAAAGCCCAUGUAAUUUCCUCUGCGAGAAGCUCAUACGAAUGGGUUUACAUCUGUCUGAGGCCAGAUGGCCCUGUGAUCCCCUAAAAGGAAGACAGUCCUUUCGUGGUGCUUUUUUCUGUGGGGUGAAGGAAGACAUUUGGCCUUUGGUGUUCACAGAGGCCAUUUCAUUGUGCCUGUGAGACCAGUUAUUGGAAUCAUUGUAUCAUAAAACCAGUGGUUGGCGAGUUUUACACAAACCACUGGGUGUGGCAGAAGGAGACAUUGCUCCCGUGCCCUAAACGGAGCAGUGUCUCCCAGCUACUGCUCUCUUCCUAACAAUAGCUAGAACAAUCGUUGUUCAGUUCUAGAAAUCGUACAACUUACAACAUAAUUUUACAUCUCCUCUCCUCUUGACUUCAUAUUCGAGCUUGGGUAGUUCCCACUGAGAGACCGAUGGUCACAUGGCAGUUCAAAGCCCUUUCCAGUUUUUUCUGCUGAUCUGCCUCUCUCUGCUGUCGUGCCCAGCAAUGAAAACGUUUCUGGGGAUAGACGGUGGUAACGGCCACACAAUAAUGUGCAUGUAGCUAAUACCACUGCACUGAACUCUUAAAAAAUAGCUGCGAUGGUGAAUUCCAUGUUAUGUGUGUUUUACCACAGUUUUUAGAAAUUUUAAUUCAGAUUUUCAGAACAAGACACGAAGAAGUAUAUACUGUAUGAUUCCGUGUAUUUACGGCACGGCAAUCAGUUGAUGGUGUUCGAUGUCAAGAUGAUGAGGGCAGGGAAGGAAGGGAGGAAGAGUAACUAGAAAGCAGGAGGACGUUCUAGGGUAUGGUAAUAUCCUAUCUCUUGAUCUGGCUGUUGUGACGUAGGUGUGUACCAUGUGUGAACCUCUCUGAGCUCUCCAGUUGUGACUUGUACGGUUUUCCAUGUGCCUGUUACACUCCAAAAAUGGUUCCAGAAAUGUGGAUCCUUAGCCCGACAGCAGACCCUAGAGUCAGCUAGAGUCAGAAUCUCUGAGGAUGGGACCUGGGGACCCUGCAUCUUAAAAGCCUCCCUUCCAAGUUUUUCUUAAGAGCAUUGGAUUUGGGGAAUCCUUGCUAAAGGAAAGGGAUUAGGGAAGUAUCCUCCCAACACCCAAGAAUUCCAUUCUGCCCUAACAGUAAAUAUGCCUUAGAAAAGAAAUUCUUGAUAGCUUUGAAUCAUUUAGCUUCUUCAGGUCGGAAAAUGCAUGUCAUCUUUCGGGUGCCAAGAGAUCAGUGAUGUAUAGAGACGUGUAUUUUAAUAUAUUACAUUUAAAAAUAUUAUUUCUUGUAAUUCGUCAUACACACGAUAAUGUACCCUCUCAAAACUGGCAGGUGCUAGGACCUAAUGGAAGUCAGGCUUUCAGUAGGAGGGGAGACAUAGCACCAUGGGGCGUGGCGCCCUGCAAGCAGGUACAGAAAAGCCAGUUCUUCCACCUGUAAGCUAAUGAGGCUCCAUUUCAGCUCUCUCCACACCAUCUCCAAGACAUCAGCAGCUUUUACACUUGCUUGUUAAACCGAAAGCAUGUUUCUAGCAAAGGCUUUAUUGGAAGGGGCCGAUCGAGGUCUUGGAGAAGCUCUUGGAGGCCUUCUUGGAGGAGGCAGUCAGAGAAGAGGAGGUGGAGGCGGCGGGGGACGAAACAUCGGAGGGCUAGUUGGAGGAAUUGUGAAUUUCAUCAGCGAGGCCGCAGCCGCGCAGUACACUCCAGAACCGCCGCCCACUCAGCAACAUUUCACCAACGUGGAGGCCAACGAAAGUGAGGAAGUUCGUCGGUUUCGGCAACAGUUUGCACAGCUGGCGGGACCGGACAUGGAGGUGGGUGCCACCGACCUCAUGAAUAUUCUCAACAAAGUCCUUUCUAAGCACAAGGACCUGAAGACCGACGGCUUUAGUCUUGACACCUGCCGGAGCAUCGUGUCUGUGAUGGACAGCGACACGACGGGCAAGCUGGGCUUCGAAGAAUUUAAGUACCUCUGGAACAACAUCAGGAAAUGGCAGUGUGUCUAUAAGCAAUAUGACAGGGACUGUUCUGGGUCCCUGGGAAGUUCUCAGCUGCGCGGGGCUCUGCAGGCCGCGGGUUUCCAGCUAAAUGAGCAACUUUACCAAAUGAUCGUCCGCCGAUACGCCGAUGAGGACGGCAGCAUGGAUUUCAACAACUUCAUCAGCUGCCUGGUCCGCCUGGAUGCCAUGUUCCGUGCCUUCAGAUCCCUGGACAGAGACGCAGAUGGCCUGGUUCAAGUGUCCCUCCAAGAAUGGCUGCAGCUGACCAUGUAUUCCUGAAGUGGGCGCCCAGAUGCCAGCGCCCUCCCCGAGGACGGGACUCUUGAAAGCCUCGCCUUGCCUUCUGCACGGAGACUGAUACCCUGUCCCAGAGCUGUCAUUGCCCAAGAGCUCGUACACCACCCUGCACGCUUCUGAACUGGGGCUGCCCUUUAGUGCUUAAUUAAAACAGAUAUUUUUUUUAAUGAAAAA